AUGCCUCGGGGGCAGAAGAGUAAGCUCCAAGCCCGAGAAAAAUGCCACCAGACUGAAGGUGAGACCCGAGAUCUCCAGAGUGUUCAGGCCCCUACAAUAGAGGAGAAAAGCUCUCUACUUCCAUCUUCUCCUUAUUUAGGGGUUACUACCCGUACAAAAUCAGCCUGCAGGCUACAAAGCACUUCCAAGGUGCCUCAGAGAGCCUUUUCUGCCACUGAGUCUAAGUGUGUUUCUCCUACAAGAUCAUCUAAAGGAGGUAACUACAGAAUUAAGAGAAAACAAGAUUCUUCCAAGUCCUCAUCCUCCACUGUGAAGGCCCCUAGAAGCUCUCUCAUUGGCACAGUCCGAGUGGUAGUGAAAUACAUGAUGCAGAUGUAUAAAAUGAAAAAACCCAUUCUGAAAGCAGAUGUGUUGAAGGUGAUCACCAAAGAGCAUAGAAAACGCUUCUUUGAAAUCCUCAAAAAAGCUUCUUUCAACAUAGAGGUGGUGUUCGGUGUGGACUUAAAGGAAGUGGAUUCUAUAAAUCACUCCUACAUCCUUGUCAGCAAAAUGAAUCUCCCUAACAAUGGCACUGUGACUAGAGGCAGGGGACUUCCCAAGACUGGCCUGCUAAUGAAUCUCCUAGGUGUGAUAUUCCUGAAAGGAAACUGUGCCACUGAGGAAAAGAUCUGGGAAUUCCUGAAUAAGAUGAAAAUAUAUGAUGGAAAGAAACAUUUCAUUUUUGGGGAACCCAGGAAGCUUAUCACUCAAGAUUUAGUGAAGCUUAAAUACCUGGAGUACCGUCAGGUGCCUAACAGCCACCCUGCAAGCUAUGAGUUUCGGUGGGGCCCGAGAUCUCAUGCUGAGACAAGCAAGAUGAAGAUCCUGGAGUUCUGGGCUAAGAUCAACCAUACAGUUCCCAGUGCCUUCCAGUCCUGGUAUGAUGAGGCUCUGAGAGAUGAGAAAGAAAGAGCUGGAGCUGCAGGGAUACUCGGUGACACAUUAAUCCACGGCAAUUAA